UCUUCUGCAUACUUCAGCAGUGACCGAAGUCUUAGCUUCCUUGGGCAACAAAAUUACCCAGCCAUGGUCCCUCAAAAACAAAAUUGACGUCUCCGGGGCCAGUCCAAGGUUUUGGUACAUAUAUAUAAGAGGGAGCGUAACCUCCCCUGAGGUGUUCAUCGACAGCCACCACAGCCGUCUCACAUAAGAUUUCUCUCACCUCUCGACACCUUCUGCGUUUCCUGUCGCCUCCGGGGAAGACUCCAGUUCUUGGGUUGCUGCUCCGAGACCACCAGGAGAAGGUUCAGUUUAUGGGAUUGUAUCGUCGCUCGUGGUCUGAAGUUCUUGGCACAGAGAUCUCCAGUCCGAGGACACACAAAUUCGACAUGGUUAACAAAAUCCCAGCUCCUUGGGAUGAACAGAAGAAGAACAUGACACUGAAAUCACAAGGCCAAGAACAUCUCUUCUCCAAGGCUACACUGAUGCACUCUGUGAGUUUCAAACAGUGGCGAGGAGGAGAGGAAUCCACAGGUUCAGUUCAGAAUAAGAGCAAACAGAGCCUGGUAAAUGGCAUCCAAGACCGACGCAACUCUGACGCAUUGAGCCCCAAUGUUUCAUCCAGCCCCAAAUGUGAGCUUGAUGCCGCAGCCGUGAAACUUCAAAAGGUUUACAAGAGUUACAGGACCAGGCGAAACCUCGCCGACUGCGCAGUCGUCGUAGAGGAGCUAUGGUGGAAAGCACUGGACUUUGCAUCACUGAAGCACAGCUCGAUAUCAUUCUUCAACGGCGGAAAGCCCGAAACGGCGGCGUCGCGGUGGGCGAGGGCAAGGACAAGAGCGGCUAAGGUUGGCAAGGGGUUAUCUAAGAACGGGAAGGCUCAGAAGCUGGCAUUGCAGCACUGGCUCGAAGCUGUAAGUCACAUGCUACUUAACUCUAGCACUAAACUAAGAUCAGUAGGUACCAGUGUCCUACUGUCUACUGAGAUUGUUGCAGAUUGUUUAUUACUAAUGCUGCCAUUUUAUGCCUUCGGACAGAUUGACCCUAGGCAUCGAUAUGGGCACAAUUUGCAUAUCUAUUAUGAUGUCUGGUCCAGGAGUGAGAGUACGGAGCCCUUUUUUUAUUGGUUAGACAUUGGGGAGGGCAAAGAAAUAAAUCUUGAGAAUUGCCCUAGGAGUAAACUUCAAGGGCAGUGCGUCAAGUACCUUGGACCACAAGAGAGGCAACACUAUGAAGUUGUUAUUGAGGGUGGCAAACUUAUGUUCAAACAAACCGGGGUUCUUGUGCACACUUCAGAUGACUCCAAGUGGAUUUUUGUCCUCAGCACCACAAAGGCAUUCUAUGUUGGCCACAAGAAGAAAGGAUCGUUUCAGCAUUCCAGUUUCCUAGCUGGUGGAGCCAUAACAUGUGCUGGACGAUUGGUGGUCAAAGAUGGAAUUCUGAAGGCAAUAUGGCCAUACAGUGGCCACUACCUUCCAACGGAAGACAACUUCAGAGAUUUCAUUCGCUUCCUACAGGAGAACGACGUUAGCCUCACCGAUGUCAAGAAAUCUGCUAUCGACAAACAGGACGAGUACCCGUUGCUGAGCAACUCUGAGACUCAGCCUGAACAUGUUGAGAAUAACGAUGCAGCAGGUGCCGCUGCUCAAGAUCUGACCGAAGUUGAGAUAGACGGCGUCCUCACCGGCGAGGCAUAUCAUGGAUUGGCCGACCACGGUGACAUGAGCGAUGCUGAGGAAGAUGCCCGCACUCCGGUGGACUCCCACACCACCGACACCGAAGAAGAAGAAGAGGUCAAUAAUAUCUCAGAGCAGCGACCGCCGGCGAGUGUCGAUCGUAGCAAGAACCAUCAGACAUGCCGGUGGUCGACGGGCACCGGUUCACGCAUCCGGUGCGUGCGCGACUACCCGCAGGACCUCCAGUCCAGGGCCCUCGAGCACGUCAACCUCUCGCCCAGGCUCGCCGGCUCGCCGUCGAGGAAGAGGGACCCGGUGCCCUCGCCGCGCCCCAGCCCGGGGAUGAUACUCUCGCCGAGGCUCGCGUCCGUCGGGUUCCAGCCCCGGACGGUGUCUCUCACGCUCCCAGACUUCAAGAGGAGCAGAUUGCAGUGAACAAUCCUGUUUUCGCGUAGCAGAUCAGGAAUUCAGACAACAACCGGUCCUUUUUUUUUUCUACACCGGCAAAUUUUUUUUUUUGAAUUCUUUGCAGCUGCUGCGUCAGCACAGAUUCCAAACAAUCGGGCAGUGAUUCUUUGCAGCUGGAACCCGACUGCAAUGAAUUUGUGGUGUUUUUUUUUGAAAUUACUUUUUCUACACAGGCAGUGAUUCUUUGCAGCUGCUGCGUCAGCACAAAUUCUAAAAAACGCUACGUUAGCCGAUUUCAUUUUUUCCAGUGCAUUAGAAUGAGCCAAAGGCGCGGCGUCGCGCCGUCAUCAUCCCUCUGUCAUCGGAGUCAGGCAAAACAUACGGUAGAAGACAACAGAAAAGUCGUCGUGUUAAAAUCUCACAGGACCAACACACUAGCACAACAACCGCCGCCGAUAAAGAGAAGCGUAGAUCGAAAUGAUCCAAACUGGGCUUCUAAAAAAAUGAUCCAAACUGUAGACACACGAACGAAUACUGAAUCCACAGUGAUCCGCCGAAGACCAACGCCGAUUGAACACCACAAAAUUCACCGGAGACACGCCUCCACAUGCCCUCCGAUAAUGCUAGAUGCAUCGUCAGGGCGGGUGAUAGACGGGAAGGAACUUAUUUCUUCUUCAAGGAGCAACCACCGCCUUGCCUCCUGAAUAAGACGCAAAAUCUAAUCGUCCUUAAAAAAACACCUAAAAAUGACGCAGUAACCUUCCAGUUAC